GGAGUUGAUGAGGAUGAGGAUUUCACCCUGAGCCCGACACCGACGCACACCCAGGUGCAGAGGAACCUGGAGAGGCGUUCUCAGGAUCAAGUGAAUCAGAAGGUGAGUGAAUUGGUUCAGUACCUGCUUGUGAAAGACCAGAAGAAGAUCCCCAUCAAGAGAGCGGAUAUCCUGAAAAAAGUCAUCCGGGAAUACAAAGAUGUCUACUCAGAGAUCGUCAACCAAGCGGGCAAGACCCUGCAGCAGGUAUUUGGGCUGCAGCUGGUAGAGAUCGACUCCAAACACCACAUCUACAUCCUCACCAGCAACCUGCCCCGUGCCAAGGGGGAGAACAUGCGCCAGGACAACCAGACGGCCAAGUUGGGGCUCCUCAUGGUCAUCCUCAGCUUCAUCUUCAUGAAGGGCAACUUCGCCAAGGAUG